GGGUUGUAUUUGUUUGUUUGGCUCAGAAAAGACGCACCCGGUACGGCGGUAUACAAGUUUUCUUUAUUAAUUAAGUUAAACCAUACUUCCAAUGGCUGAUGCGGUAGGGAAACUCGAAGAGGAAGCACUAAGGCGUAAAAAUCGACUACGGGAACUACGUGGAAAGCGAACACAUGAUGAACAACAGAGCAGCAUCAAUGAUGAAUGUAAAGCCGUACCUAAACCUGUCUUUCGAAACUACAAACCAGGAACAGAAGAGUUUCAGGAACUAACAGUGUUGGAUGAUCACGCCGGAGUAGUCGAAAAGGAAGUGGAUACACAUCUUAAAAUGAUGAAAACGCCAAUCGUCAUUGAAGAGAUUGAUAUUGCUAAUCUUGCCCCCCGUAAACCUGACUGGGAUCUGAAAAGAGAUGUUUCUAAAAAGUUGGAGAAGCUGGAACGCCGAACACAGAAAGCUAUCGCCGAGCUAAUACGAGAGCGGCUAAAAGCCGGACAGGAGCAAUAUAUACAUCAGGCUGUAAAUAUAGCUACAUCUGCUACAUCUGCUCCACUGGAAUAUAAGAGUGUUUCCGACGAUUCUUAAAAAGUUGAGUGUAUCAUCAUGCAAUAGUCUCCAUCGGCGUAAAAAUAAAUCCGACCCGCAUCUGUAAUUUGAUAACAGCACACAAAUAGUAUGGAUGUUGACCAAUGCUGAUUCCUUUAUUCUACGCGAUUUUGAGGGCGCAAAUAUUUUCCAUUGACGCUUAGCACGGAUGUUGUUUCAACAAUUUGAUUGUUUGUCAACUUAUGUAUCAUGUCGUUGAUUUCUGCAAUACAGACAAUAUCAUAAGUCUUA